CUCCUGGGCUUGUUCGGCGCCGUUGGCGGGCAUGGCUCAGCCCCGGGAGGCCGGCGCGGCGGGCGGCCCGGAGGCCCGGGAGGCGCUGAGCCUGGAGGCCAUCCUAAGCCUCUACAACCAGCCCAUCAACGAGGAGCAGGCCUGGGCCGUCUGCUACCAGUGCUGCGGAUCGCUAAGGGCCGCAACGCCCCCGGCACGCCCCUCCCGGGACCCCGACCUCCCCCCCAGCCCCCCCAACGCCGCCCACAUCCGCAUCUGGAAGGACGGCACCGUCACCCUCGCCCACCCCGGGGGCACCCCCAACCCUAAAGGUAAACUGGAGUAUUCACAAUGUACAGAAUUGGAGGUUAUCGAAUCAUUAGGCAUCAUCAUUUAUAAAGCCCUGGACUAUGGUUUGAAGGAGAAUGAGGAACGGGAACUAAGCCCCCCGCUGGAGCAGCUUAUCGAUCACAUGACCAAUACCAUGGAGGCUGAUAGUAGCCACGAUGAAGGCUAUGAAGCUGCAGAUGAAGGUGUGGAGCAUGAAGUUGAUGAAAAGGGGGAAGUUAAGGUCAUAAAAUCAUAUACAGACGUCAUGAAGUUGUGUGCCGCCCAUCUCCCCACCAGAUCAGAAGCCCCAAACCACUACCAGGCAGUAUGUCGGGCAUUGUUUGCAGAGACAAUGGAGCUGCACACCUUCCUGACCAAAAUUAAGAGUGCAAAAGAAAAUCUGAAGAAGAUUCAGGAAAUGGACAAAGGUGAUGAAUCCAGCACAGACCUGGAUGAACUGAAAAAUGCAGACUGGGCCCGCUUCUGGGUUCAGGUAAUGAGGGAUUUGCGAAACGGUGUGAAACUUAAGAAGGUCCAGGAGCGCCAAUAUAACCCUUUGCCAAUUGAAUAUCAGCUCACUCCAUAUGAGAUGCUAAUGGAUGACAUUCGAUCGAAGCGCUACACUCUGAGGAAGGUGAUGGUUAAUGGCGACAUUCCUCCUCGGUUAAAAAAGAGUGCUCAUGAAAUCAUCCUGGACUUCAUCCGAUCACGGCCUCCCUUGAAUCCAGCUUCAGCCAGGAAGCUGAAACCAACCCCACCAAGGCCAAGGAGUCUUCAUGAAAGAAUCCUAGAGGAAAUCAAAUCGGAGCGAAAGCUACGCCCUGUUUCCCCAGAGGAGAUCAGGAGAAGCAGGCUGGCAGUGCGGCCACUUAGCUUGUCUCACAGUUUUGACUUGUCAGAGGUGACUACACCUGAGACUUCAAAGAAAUUAACGGGACCGUCCGUAGUGAAUGGUGGUUUACCAUCCCAGUCAAAAGCCAGUGGUCGAAAUGCCAGCCAGAUGACAGUGCCGAGAAAGAAACUCCUCAAAGCCCCAACGCUGGCUGAAUUGGAUAGUUCUGAAUCAGAGGAAGAAUCUCUGCACAAGUCAGCAAGCAGCAGCAGCGGGUCCCCAUCCCUGCUGGAAGAAUCCUUGCUGGAGCUCCCCACAUCUAGAAAGAUUAAAUCUUUAGUGCCACCGAAAUUCUUGCCUAUAUCAUCCACCCCACAACCAGAGAGGCGACAGCCACCCCAGAGACGGCAUUCCAUUGAAAAGGAAACCCCAACCAAUGUGAGGCAGUUCCUGCCACCGUCCAGACAGAGCUCCAGAUCACUUGUUCCUAGGAUAACCAGUUUAUGGCCAAGGACACCUUUCCGACCACUUUUUUCUACCAUACAAACAGCUUCUCUGCUCAGCUCUCAUCCCUUUGAAGCAGCCAUGUUGGGGGCGGCGGGGGCUAUGUAUUAUCUCUGUGAGAGAGCUCUGACCAGCAGGUGGAAAUCUGCAAAGGAGGAGUUCUGCUACCCAGUGGAGUGCCUGGCUCUCACUGUGGAGGAAGUGAUGCACAUUCGCCAGGUGCUGGUGAAGGCGGAGCUGGAGAAGUACCAGCAGUACAAGGAGGUUUACACUGCUCUGAAAAAAGGAAAGCUCUGUUUCUGUUGCCGAACCAGAAGAUUUUCCUUUUUCACCUGGUCAUACACCUGUCAAUUCUGUAAGAGGCCUGUGUGCUCUCAGUGUUGCAAAAAGAUGCGGCUACCUUCCAAGCCAUUAUCCACGCUUCCUAUCUUUUCUCUGGGACCGUCUGCCUUGCAAAGAGGGGAGAGUUUUAUGAGACCAGAAAAGCCAUCCACAAGCCACCACCGACCACUCCGGAGCAUUGCCAGAUUCUCCUCGAAGUCUAAAUCUGUGGAAAAAGGAGAUGAAGAAGAACAGUUUCCCAAAGAGCUGAUGGAGGACUGGAGCACUAUGGAAGUGUGCGUAGACUGCAAAAAGUUUAUUUCGGAAAUCAUCAGCUCAAGCCGGCGCAGCUUGGUACUGGCCAACAAGCGAGCCCGUUUGAAAAGGAAAACCCAGUCAUUCUACAUGUCGUCCCCAGGCCCCUCGGAGUACUGCCCUUCAGAGAGAACUAUCAAUGAGAUCUGAGCCCCAUGCCUUUUCCGUUGCUUUUGUGUUCCCAGAGUUAUUGGUGUCAGGACACUGAACUGGAGGAUCUUUCCUUUCCCUUCCGUGGUUUCGUUGACUAGGCUUGAAUUUGCAUUAGAUUAGAUUUCUGCAUUUCUGCUGCCCCACAACUUUUCUGUGUCUGCAUCUGUUGAUAAUAUGCAACAGAUCAGCCAGUCACAUAUUUGCACUGAAAGAAUAUAAUAGUUGGAAACCUGCUUUAUUAUUAUUUUUUAACCAAUGCGUUUGGAAGCCAGAAAAUUAUGUACCCCACCAUUCCUGGAAUAAUUCUCCGACCCCAGCCGAAAUCCAGUCUAACCCAGGUGUCAAGGUUAGCACAGCUCUAAGCAGUAAGUCAUAUUGGCAUUUCCACCAAAUAGAGUUCAUAUCUAGUGUAUACAGUAUCCACAUACCUAGGAUGGCCUAUGGUCCUUAUUGUCUCUCAGCACAAAAUUUAGGGUUUACUACAGCUCUCAACUGAUCUUUAAGUUAUUAUUGCUCUGAGCUCAUGGCUAAAUGAGGGACUUGAUAAUGUCAGCAUUCUAGUGUGAGAUAUCAGGAUAAACCUUGCCCAUUUCCCUGAGCCCUGUUGAAAUCCAUUAUAGCGUCGUCUCCUGCGCAAGUAAGUGGCAGGAGUCUAUUCUCUAUCUUGAAAGUAUUAAUUAUUAGUAGUAUUAACAAUUGUAGACUCAGCCUAGAUUCUUGGGAAGUUUGAGGACUACAGAAGGCUUAAACUCA